ACACGAGUGAAUUGUGCUGGAAGUGCUCUCUGUGUGUGUGCGUGUGUGUGUGAGCAUGUGUCGCUCCGGGCUACCUGAGGCCGAUGACCCGCCUUCUUCGACCCCCUCCCUUCUGGACCCCCACCUCUUCGUGCGCGCGCUUUGUGCGCGCGCUCCCCGACAUCCCCUUGGAGCGCGCCUCCGUGUCGUCUUCAGCGGACGGCCGCGCGCUCCCCGCCCCGGUGCAGCCCCUCCUCCCGGUGGUGUUUAUUAGGGGAAGCAGGGCGGAGGCGGAGGCCAGUUCUCCAGCUCCAGCCGCUGUCGUCGCAGCACCCAGCCAGCCUGGGGAAGGAGGAAAGGGAAGAGAGAGGGAGAGGAUCAGAUCCGCGAGCUUGGGCGCCCCCGGCCCGCCGCGUCCGCCACCAUGAACCCCAAUUGCGCCCGGUGCGGCAAGAUUGUGUACCCUACGGAGAAGGUGAACUGUUUGGACAAGUACUGGCAUAAAGCAUGCUUCCACUGUGAGACCUGCAAGAUGACACUGAAUAUGAAGAACUACAAGGGCUAUGAGAAGAAACCCUACUGCAAUGCACACUACCCCAAGCAGUCAUUCACGAUGGUGGCCGACACUCCUGAGAACCUGCGUCUUAAGCAGCAGAGUGAGCUCCAGAGCCAGGUGCGUUACAAGGAAGAAUUUGAAAAGAACAAGGGGAAGGGCUUCAGUGUCGUGGCUGACACACCUGAGCUUCAGAGGAUUAAGAAGACCCAAGACCAGAUCAGUAAUAUAAAAUACCAUGAAGAAUUUGAGAAGAGCCGGAUGGGUCCCAGUGGGGGUGAGGGCUCUGACCCUGAACGCCGAAAUUCCCAAGAUAGCAGCAACUACCGUCGACCCCAGGAACAGCAGCAGCUGCCACAUCACAUCCCAGCCAGUGCCCCUGUUUACCAGCAGUCUCAGCAACACCAGCAGCAGCAGCAGCAGCCAUCACAGUCCUAUGGCUACAAGGAGCCAGCUGCCCAGGUCUCAAUACAGCGCAAUGCCCCAGGAACGGGAGGGAAGCGAUACCGUGCUGUGUAUGACUACAGUGCAGCCGAUGAGGAUGAGGUAUCAUUCCAAGAUGGUGACACCAUUGUGAACGUGCAGCAGAUUGAUGAUGGCUGGAUGUAUGGCACUGUGGAACGUACGGGCGACACAGGCAUGCUUCCAGCCAACUAUGUGGAGAUCAUCUGAGCCUGCCCUGCGCAUUCCCAGCGCCCAUCUCGCCUGCCCACCUCAUCUUCGAUGCAUUCCUCCAUUGCGCUCCUAUGAGACAUGAAUCUCUCCCCAUCAAUAGUUUCUGUUUUUUAGAAUCUGAGACAGGUUGUUUGUUUUUUUUUCUCUCUCAGUUUCUUUGGCCAAUUUAAGCUUUGUUACCUCUUGCUGAGCCCUCUCUCCUCCUAUUCUAGGCCCACUCUCCCAUAGGGAUUUAUCUUCUCUCCUUUCCCUUGUUUACUUUCUGGGUUUAGCAAAUGAGAAAUCUUAUGUGGGAGGGUCAUGGAGAUCCAGGGACAAGAUUCCAUGUGCCCUCUUGGAACCAUCUGCUCCUGGUUUCUCUUCCUCCUUUCUUUUCUUUUUCUGUAUUAGACCUGUCCUCACCACCCUUUCUCCAAAGCAAAAUAAACAUUCCAGGGUUCCUGCAAUUUCUCAUCCCCUCUCAGCUUCCUCGGGGCUGGGUCAGGGAAAGAAGGGAUAACAGGGUCUUUAGGGACCAGCAAGAGGUCAGUCUCUUGUUUCUCACAAGGUGAUGCUUGUGUUUGGACCAGGCUUUCUUCUUGUGACCUCAUUCAUCUCUCCUUCAUUACCUUCCAUAUUUGGAUAGAUCUGUGAUCUUCAUUAACUGAAAAACAAAAAGGGGUGGGGGAAAAGGGGAAUCCCCGACCAUUUCCUCAGUUCCCGAUUUAUUUGUUCUUUCUUCCUACCCCAGCCCUGUUUUGUCUCUGUUCACACUGUGAUUUAACCAAUCCAUCCAAAUUCAAACAGUGUAGCGUAAAGACUGGAUGUGGCCACAAUUCCUAUAUAAACAUUUUUUUCAUUCCUCAGAAGAAGCUACAGAGCUCAGAGAAGUAUAAUUACCUUCAGUGCUCCACAGCUUGGGCAAGACAGGGGAUCAAAGAUGCAUCUCUAGGACAUCUGCUUCCAAAGGGGCUGCAGCUCUUCUCUGUCCCAACACCUAGGGGCUGUGGGCAUCAGAGGGGCCAAAAAGAGAGCAGGAUGGGAAGGAACAAAAGGAAUAUUUUAUACAGCAAAUCCAGGCCCAGAUUCCUCCAAGGACUUUCUAUGGACCUGACUAGUGCCUCUUCGGUGUCUAUUCCCAUCUUCUCAUUGCUUCUUUGCUGCCAUCUCUUAGUCCAUCACUGGGUAGAUUAGGGGUCUAUGGCCCCAUGUUUCUUUCCCGUGGACCCCCAAACCCCCAAGGACUAAAUGAGCCCUAAGCUUUGCUAACUUGGCAGGUGCCUCUGUGUCUAUGGCUUUUCAUAUGGGAACAAAGGCAUCUGUGGGUCAGUGAGUGGUUCUCGUCUCAUUUCUGUGUGUGGGUGACUGUGUACCUCUCUGCCUACUCUCAACAUUUGUCCAGAAUGGAGGUUGUCAAAGGAAAGGAAAAACUAAUCCAGGAGUAAUAGCUGUCCUUAGCUCUUUGGAUUCUUCUCUGUUCUGGCCCCAUACAAGUAGGCAUGCCCAUAACCUCUGUCCCCCUAUUUUGCUUUCUGGGAUAGAAGACAUAAGCAUGCAGAAUGUUGAGAAAACCUAAAAAACCCCUCCUAUUGUGUAUGACAUUACAGAUUUUUUCAAAGUGCCAUUUUGCUGGCUCUAGAGAAUUGCCCCCUCACCCUAUACUCCAUCCCCAUAUCCUUGGGACGGGCACAAAGGAGGGGAUAAAUUCUUUUUCCUGAAUAGAGUCAUGGUAUAAUUUAAGUGCUCGUGUUCCCUCUCUGACCCAUUACUGGCUGUUCAGGAGCUCUUGAUGGUGGGUUGGGAGUGUGGAGGACCUGGCUCCUCCCCUGUCCCUGUCCCUGCCUCCCAGGUACCCCAACCUCUCUGCCCUGACUUCCUCUUCCAUUCUCUUACUCCAAACACCCACCAACCUAGACCUCCACUUGGGGGUAGGUCGCAGGACAAAUCUAAUAACUGGAAAUCCUGCUCCCAUGAAGCUGGAGCUCCAGCUCCUCGGGGAGGAAUGGGAAGAUGGUGCUAUAUCGAGCUUCCCUUUUUUUCCAUCACCAGCAGCUGUGAGAAUCUUAGCUGGGCUCUGGAAGGUCAAGGCUCUUCCAUCUAGCUGGGAUUUGUAGCUUCCAUUGAUUCUUUCUCACCCACCCAGCCUCCCACCACCCAAAUGACAGUGCUAUUUGUGUUCAGGCUGGGAUGAGAGUGGAAGCUGGCUUGAAGAAAGUCUGAUCAAAGAAAUGGGCUCCAAAUUAUCAGGGAUAUUUUUUUAGAAUGUGGUUGUUCAUUGGCACUAGAAUGUUAUCCAAAUGUUGGGGAAGAGGGGUGGCAUUUCCUGCCUCAGCCCUCUCUGACUUAGUUCCAGCUUCAUGGAGAAGGAGAUAUUGUGGGAUAGAAGUGCUUCCGAUUGGCAAGCUGAGGGACUUGGGAUGGUAGGAGGAGGAGGAGGAGGAGGAAGGGAAUGUCAGUGCCUUGGUGAGUUUCUUUCUGGAGAGGCAAUCCAAGAAGCGAGAGAGAGGAGAUAGAUGGCCUAUUUCAUGAUAAUCUCAAAGCACAGUUUUGACUCUGGGACCAAAGACUGAUUGACCUCACUUAAAGGUUUAGGGUUGGUAGGUGGGAGGAAGUGGUAUAGACAGAAGGAAACACUUGAGGGAGGGGGAGGACGAAACAUCCCAUUUUCACACAUCUCAUUUUACCUUUUGUAAAGAGCCAAUUUGAGCUCAUAGACCCCUCCAAUCUCUUUUUCAUAGUUUCCUCUUUCCCCAGUCUUGGACUUAAAACACAGUGGGAUACAGGGUCAUACUGGAUUUUUCACCAUCACUUAUGCCCCAAGUACUAGUGUGGGUAGUAGGGCACAGGGGAGUGGGCAGCUAGGUGGUGCAAAGGAUAGAGAGCCAGGCUGGCAGUCAAGAAGACCUGAGUUCAAAUCCGUCCUCAGACACUAGCUGUGUGACUCUGGGCAAGUCACUUAACCCCCUUUGCCUCAGUUUUCUCAUCUGUAAAAUGAGCUGGAGAAGGAAAUGGCAAACCACUCCAGUAACUUUGCCAAGAAAACCCCAAAUGGGGUCAUGAACAGACAACAGGGGGUGGGGUUGGGUGGGGGGUGGGGGAGCAAUGUUGACCUGGGAGGAUUUCUCAUUAGGGACCUGUCAUACCUGAGCCUGGCUUAAAGAAGGUGUUUUUGGUCUACGUUCUUCUCAGUUAAGCACUGUUCUGGUAGGGGGUGACAGCCUGGGGUCUCCUUAAAGUCAAUUCUGAUCCAGGAAAAAAACAAAAAAACACAACAUAACUGUAAUGUGAAUUUUACUCGAAUGGGACCAAAACCCGAAAUAUUUGCAAGAAAGGAAGAUGGUUAAGAAUUGUGAAUUCUCUGUGACACUGGUUUACUUGUUCUUGUAUUUCAUUCCCUCUUUUUCCAUCUCCCCCUCACCCCUUCCCUCAUAGGGGACUGGGGGGCAGGGAAGAGAAUUCCCUCUCUGCUUGAUUUCUGCCUUUUCUCUCACAUACGCACUUUUGGGCCUUUGUUUAUAGCUGAAAAACACCUAAACCUGUAUUUAAAAAGUAACAGAAAUGACCCUGUUAGAUUUGCCUCUGUGUAAACACUUUUUCCAUAUGUGUGUGGCGUGUUCAUUUGAAGCUUCGAGUUGUGUUUUUAGUGCUGGGCUUUGGAAAUUAAUCUUUUUAUUUGGGGUUGUCUUUUUUUUCUCUCCCCCACCCCUUUUUUUUGGAGGGGUGGUGGUGAUAUGUUUUGGUUCCCUUCCUGUGGGCAUGUGCCCAGGAUUAAAUUUUUCUGGCCUUUUUCAUUCAGAACGGUUGAUAGACCCACAAGGGAAUACUCUUGACGACUCAAAUCGAAAUAAAAAUAUAAUUUUUACCUGCUGA